GAGGGCGGUCCGAGCGCGGGGGAGCGGGAGGGGACUCGAGUGGGGGAUUCGAGGGACGCUGCAGCCCCACCCCCGACCCCUCCUCUCCUCCUCUUCAGAACCCAAGGAGCCGGGAAGCAUGGUCCAAACCCUGCUUCUCCGGCACCAUGACGCUCGCCCGCUUGGUGGUGGCUCUGGUUUUAGGGGCGCUCCCCGAAGUGAUGGGCUUUGAUCUAGUCGUCAGUUAUCCCGUCCACCACCGCUAUCGCCAUUCGCCCCCUCGACGUCCCCGGCACCCUUACUAUCUUCCCACCCAGCAGCGGCAACAGAGGACGCCGCCGCCGCCCCCUCUCCCGCGCGUCCCGCGCCUCCCGCCCGUGCUGCAUGCCCAGCGCCCGCACGCCCUCCACGCCGGGCGCACGCCGGGGCCGCACCAUCAGGACUGCCCCGCCGGCGAGCCCUGGGUCAACGUGACGGACUUCGGCGCCCCUUGUCUGCGCUGGGCAGAGGUGCCACCCUUCCUCGAGCGGUCGCCCCCGGCGAGCUGGGCUCAGCUGCGAGGGCAGCGCCACAACUUCUGCCGGAGCCCGGACGGCGCGGGCAGACCCUGGUGCUUCUACGGGCACGCCCACGGCAAGGUGGACUGGGGCUACUGCGACUGCAGACACGGUGAGUGGUCCAGGGCCAGCGGCGGCAGCUCGGGACUGGCGGGGAGCCAGCCUGGCUCGCCUAGGGCACGUAAUCUGUGUCUGAUUUCCCACGGUGCAGGCCCAGCGUUCCCCGUCAUACGCCUCGUGGGUGGGAGCAGCGCGCGGGAAGGCCGCGUGGAGCUCUACCAUGCUGGUCAGUGGGGGACUGUCUGUGACGACCAGUGGGAUGAAGCGGACGCAGAAGUGGUCUGCAGGCAGCUGGGCCUGAGUGGCAUUGCCAAAGCAUGGAAUCAGGCGUAUUUUGGGGAAGGCUCUGGUCCAAUACUGUUGGAUGAGGUACGCUGCACUGGGAAUGAGCUUUCUAUUGAACAAUGUCCAAAGAGUUCCUGGGGAGAGCAUAACUGUGACCAUAAAGAAGAUGCUGGAGUGUCCUGUACCCCUCUAACAGAUGGGGUCAUCAGACUUGGAGGUGGUAAAGGCAGCUACGAGGGUCGCCUGGAGGUAUAUUACCGGGGACAGUGGGGGUCUGUCUGUGAUGACGGCUGGACUGAGCUGAAUACAUAUGUGGUUUGCCGACAGCUGGGAUUUAAAUAUGGCAAACAAGCCGCUGCAAACCGCUUUGAAGAAAGCACAGGGCCCAUAUGGUUGGAUGACGUCAGCUGCUCGGGAAAGGAAUCCAGUUUCGUUCAGUGUUCCUGGAGGCAGUGGGGAAGGCAUGACUGCAGCCAUCGGGAAGAUGUUGGUAUCACCUGCUACCCUGGUGGUAAUGGACACAGACUAUCUCUGGGUUUUCCUAUCAGACUGAUGGAUGGAGAAAAUAAGAAAGAAGGACGAGUGGAGGUUUUCAUCAAUGGCCAGUGGGGAACCAUUUGUGAUGAUGGGUGGACUGAUAAGGAUGCAACUGUGAUCUGUCGUCAGCUUGGCUACAAGGGCCCUGCCAGAGCAAGAACCAUGGCUUAUUUUGGGGAAGGAAAAGGACCCAUCCAUGUGGACAAUGUGAAGUGCACAGGAAACGAGAGGUCCCUGGCUGACUGUAUCAAACAAGAUAUUGGAAGACAUAACUGCCGCCACAGCGAAGACGCAGGAGUCAUUUGUGAUUAUUUCAGCAAGAAGGCAGCAGGUGACAGUAAUAGAGAAUCCCUCUCUGCUGUUUGUGGCGUGAGAUUACUGCACCGUCGGCAGAAGCGGAUCAUUGGAGGAAAAAAUUCUUUAAGGGGCGGUUGGCCUUGGCAAGUGUCCCUCAGGCUAAAGUCAUCCCAUGGAGAUGGCAGGCUCCUUUGUGGGGCCACCCUCCUGAGUAGCUGCUGGGUCCUUACAGCGGCACACUGCUUCAAGAGGUAUGGUAACAGCACAAGGAGCUAUGCUGUUCGGGUUGGGGAUUAUCAUACUUUGGUGCCAGAAGAAUUUGAAGAAGAAAUUGGAGUUCAGCACAUUGUGAUUCAUCGGGGGUAUCGACCUGACAGCAGUGACUAUGACAUCGCCCUGGUUCGAUUAGAAGGACCAGAAGAGCAGUGUGUUAGAUUUAGCAGCCAUGUUUUGCCGGCCUGUUUGCCACUCUGGAGAGAGAGGCCACAGAAAACCGCUUCCAACUGUUACAUAACAGGAUGGGGAGACACAGGACGAGCCUAUUCAAGAACUCUACAACAAGCAGCCAUUCCCCUACUUCCCAAGAGGUUCUGUGAAGAACGUUAUAAGGGUCGGUUUACACGAAGGAUGCUCUGUGCUGGAAAUCUACAUGAACACAAACGUGUUGACAGCUGCCAGGGAGACAGCGGAGGACCACUCAUGUGUGUUCGGUCAGGAGAGAGCUGGGUUGUGUAUGGGGUGACUUCCUGGGGGUAUGGCUGUGGAGCCAAGGAUUCACCUGGUGUCUAUACCAAAGUCUCAGCCUUUGUACCCUGGAUAAAAAGUGUCACCAAAUUAUAAUCCUACGGCAACCUGAAGAGAAAAUAUGUUGGAAAAAUUUCCAACCUCUACAUCCGCACUCAGCCAGAGAUGCCAACGUAUGGGGAUGAGAGCCAUGUUCCUGCUUUUGUGUUGUGUUUAAAUUACGUACACCAUUGCUGCUUGAGAAAUCUGUGAUGUGAACAUUCUUUGUUAGAUACCUCAGUGUAGUACUAAUUAUCCUUGAUUAGCAUUGUUGGAAGUCUUUAUUCUCAUCACUCCCCAGAGAUUACUGUGUUAUCAGUUGUGCAAUAAGGCUGUUUUUAUUCAUUUGGAUUAAGAGUUUAUAAUUGAAUCAAUACUCUUUAUUACACUUAAAGAGUGGUAUUGUGUAAUUAAGCUCAGAUUUUGUUCAAAAAAUUGAGAAAUUUCCACCUUGAAUCUCUGUAGCCUUUGACAAGUGAGGAAAUCAAGGGUCAGAAAGGUGAAGGAAUCCAUUAUAGACCUAGACCAGAACAGGAUCAGUCACAAUACAUUCCCGAAUGAAGCCUUUGCACCAUGCACUAUGGCAACACAUUCUAGUUACCUG